GUCCAAAUUUGAAAUCCAAAGGCAUCCCACCAAAACUAACCGCCUUUGCAUCUACCCUCCCUACCAUUAUAAAUUCAAAACCACUCGACCCUCCUUUCAUUUCUUUCCGUCUUCUUCCGCUUCCACGCGCGUGCGUCCUACUCACACGUGACAGGCAAGAAAAUGGCGGGAAAAGGAGGGAAGGGGCUUUUGGCGGGAAAGACCACCGCUGCCAACAAGGAUAAGGAUAAGAAGAAGCCGGUUUCCCGGUCAUCUCGAGCCGGUCUCCAGUUUCCAGUGGGCCGUAUCCAUCGUCAGUUGAAGUCUAGGAUUGCAGCUAAUGGACGUGUGGGUGCAACAGCAGCUGUCUACUCGGCUGCUAUCCUCGAGUACCUCACAGCAGAAGUUCUUGAGCUAGCAGGGAAUGCGAGCAAAGAUCUGAAGGUGAAGCGCAUCACGCCACGCCAUCUGCAGCUUGCAAUCAGAGGGGAUGAAGAGCUAGAUACCCUGAUCAAGGGGACCAUCGCUGGCGGUGGUGUGAUCCCGCACAUCCACAAAUCCCUCAUCAACAAGUCCUCCAAAGAAUGAAAGCUUGGUUCUUUUAGUAACUCUUUUUUAUGUUCUUGUUUUUUAACUAGUGGCAGACAUGAUGUUUUAGGAUUAGUUGUCUACAUGGUUUUUUAAGUUAGGUUUGGUCUCUUGUUUGUUUAGCUACAUGUGUAGUACUUGUAUUGUUUAGAGACGAAGAUUUCAGUCUGUUGUCUUUAUUUUGUUGACUUGGAUGUUAAAUUCUAACAGGAUUUAUAUGAUGAUAAACAUGGGCUUCAGUA